GACAACGGAGCGGUUGGCCCUGGUUCGUAUCUCUAACGGGGGUGUUCUGAACUCAAGUUGCUGUGGAAAGUUUCUAAGGCUCUCCACCCAUUUUGUUCGGUCAUAUCGGAGUUGAAUAUUAAAUUGGAGGUCCUGCCUCCUAAUUAAUCUCACAGUAUUGAAAGGGUAAGAUAUAUAUUAUGAUGUACAAUAGCCAAAGGUAUUCCUUUGUUUGACUCAAAUUAGCAUCUUUGUUUUUCUAAAUACAGAUCAUAGUAGCAUGUAUUUGUUCUUUAUCUGACGAUAUUUGUUUUUUGUUCUGUUUUCCAGAGACUGGCAGCUGAUGAUACCCUCGAUGUCACGUGGUUUCUGGUUGGUUCUUCUGAUCAUUCACUCAAAAACGUCUUCACGCUGUUGAACAAACAGACUCUUCCAAGAGGAGGCGAAUUUGUAAAAACACCUGUCGCUCGUUCAGAAGGAAUCACACCCUUAGCCCCCCAAGGAUAUCCCAACUAGUUUGUCCAACAAGAGUGUGAGCACUGCGUCUACCUGUCACCGUGGUACUCUAUCAGAGACUGAAUGUCAAGGCGAGACAGGCCGUGAGCGAAGACGACAACGACAACGACGAGAGAAAGAAAGAAGCCGCCCGGCAGUCGAGAAGAACGCCGACGUUUUUACCCACGACGAAGAAUCUCGUUCCGACGGCUGGACACCGACGCGUCGUGUGCUCACCUUGCCGAGCGGUACAGUCGUCUUUGACUUUUGCCCUCGGCGGACCGAGUAGUGUGGCGUGCGGGCGGCCCUCGUCAUGCUGUGAUGCGCCUCGGCGGAGGAUGAAGCUAGUGUUGGUCGUCAUGACGGGCAUCGGAUUCACUCUCGGCGUCGUCUUCGGACUUCUGCUCCAGCUGCCAAUCGAUACGUCACUUCCGGCGGAUCCACUCCUUCCGGGGUAUCCCGACAGCCACUUCCGGUUCCGUUCGAGACGGAGCCUGAGCGACGGCGACGUCGUCUCUCCUGGUGUCGGAGGCGGCAGCGGUAAGUUGUCGGAGUCGCUGUCUCGAAAAGGAGAGCGUUUCGUGAAAAACGCUCAAAAUGACGUAAUAGUUCCUCGCAACGGGGAGACUUUAGAUGGCGCCACCGGUGUUGAUGGUGCGUCUGCGAAUCGGAAUGAUUUAGAGACGCGCCGGGUUGCGCAAAGUGCGCACGGUGGAGUUAUACCCCCUGGUGAUGUUGGGGAGACAGCCUCGUCAGAAUCAAUCAAGGGGAACGGCGGCAGCCGGCUCGGGACAAAGCCAAAGCUAUUGGCUAACUCCGAGCCUGGGGAUAAUCCGAUAAUCGGGUGGCCUGUAGGCGGGCGGAGGCCAAACAAUGGCCAGAUUCAUGUCCCCCGCGAAGGUUUACAACGGUCAGCGAAAGAAAACAGGGGGUCGGCCGCAGCCACUGGACCGGAGACGGCGGUUCGGUCAGACCAAGCGCAGACUUCUCGCCACCCGAGUAAAGUUUUGGGGACGGGGGGUGAGGAAAGUCUCAACCGAGGCGACGCGACACGCCAGAGCGCGCAGGCUGGAGAUCGAGGUAAAAAUAGCGCUUUGAGAAUGACGAUUAAUCUCCGGAAAGAUAUUGUAGGCAGCGACACCGCCACAAACAACGACAGACGUGCAGAGGGUCGUAAUAACACCCUUGAUACCUCUAAAGUGGCAUUCCAGAAAAACUCUGAAGAGGAUUUGGCGUACUUGUCCACGCUGGUCAGUGGCGUGACGUGGAGACCUCAGCUGGAGAGUUCUUGUCCCCGCCCCUUCUCCCUGAGCGAGGUGGAGCAGUGGAGGAGGAGGGUGGACUCUCUGGACGUUGUCAAAAUGGAGGAGGGAUGCGGUCGGAUGCAAAACCGACUUCUGACCCUCCGAGACGCGUCCAAAGCCUGCGCGCGUUAUCGCCUGAACACGGAUCAAAUCCAGGGCGAGAUCUUUUCUUAUUACCUAGCCCGACUCCUGAAUAUCUCUAACAUUCCACCUACCCUUCUAGUCCGAGUCGACGCACUGUCCCCCAAGUGGCGGACGGUGCACUUAGACAUGUCUUUAGCCCAGUGGGCAGACAACAAGCUCGUGGUGCUUACCCAGUUCAUUCCAGACCUCACCCCAGCACACAUCCCAGGCGAGUUCCGAGAGGAAGAUCAUCGCCUCGAACCCACGGUCGCCCACCUCGGCGGCAAAUCUAAGGACGAGCUGUGCGAGCUCGUGCAGUGGUCUGACCUUAUCGUACUAGACUACCUAACAGCUAAUCUAGACCGAGUCAUAAACAACAUGUUCAACCGUCAGUGGAACGACCAGAUGAUGAACAACCCGGCUCACAAUCUGGAGAAGUUCAGCGACGGCCGGCUCGUGUUUCUGGACAACGAGUCGGGCCUUUUCCACGGCUACCGGCUGUUGGACAAGUAUUUCAGGUACCACAAGUCGCUGUUACACUCUCUAUGCGUGUUCCGACCGGGUACCGUGCAAGCUGUGAAAAGACUCCACGCCUCGGAGAGUAUAGGAAGCGAACUGCACGCGCUUUUCUCGGAAAACGAGGCUCUGCACGAGCACCUCGCCGGGGUCCCGGAUAAAAACGUGAAGAUUCUCAAGCAGAGAUUGGACGACGUGUACCAGCAAAUAGUCACAUGUGAGCGAAACUUCAACAGAUAGUAUUUGCUAAGCACCCCACUGGUAUGUUGACGUUAUCAUGGUAAAUGUUAUUGUUUGCCCUAACAAUCCACUCCGUAAUUUUAUUAUUAUGAUAAGUCGUAAUAUGAUGACAUAUUGUAUGUGUAUGUAACGAUAUAUGUGCAUUUUGCCUGCUAGCCGUCUGCUCUGUCUCUUUAUGUAUGCAUUAGUGACAUACCAAAAGUUGGAAUUAAGUGCGUGAUAAAGUUAGUGUACAAAAAGUGUUGUGGAUGAAUAAUAUUAUACUAUCCUUGUGAGAAUGUGAGAGCGACACAGAAACGCACAGAAACGACACAGAAACGACGCAGAAAGUAAAACUGUGGAAAGGGGACGAGGAAGAGGAAUACAUUCCUGAAAGUAUGUAUUUGUG